AUCUGUACAACUAAGAUGGCGGAGGAACAGCAAGAAACAUCACAGGGGGAGAUGGAGGGUGAGAAAAGCCAAGUGGAAACACAAGACAACAUGCAGCGAGACCCUCUCGGUCGUGGAGGUUCAAGUCACUUGGAACGUGUGAACUGCUUGGCGUAUGAUGAGGCCAUAAUUGCGCAGCAGGACAGAAUUCAACAGGAGAUAGCCAACAGUAACCCGCUAGUGUCAGAAAGAAAGGAACUGUCCGUGCUGCAGAGGGAGUACUCCGAAGAAGACACGGUUUAUCAGCUCAAGAUCAAGGAUUUGCACAAAAAAUAUUCAUAUAUCCGCAAGACAAGACCAGACGGCAACUGUUUCUACAGAGCCUUUGGCUUUGCACAUCUCGAGUCUCUACUAGAUGACAGCAAAGAACUGCAGAAGUUUAAAGCGGUUGCAGCGAAAAGCAAAGUGGACCUGGUUAACGAGGGAUUCACCGAGUUCACCAUCGAGGACUUUCACCACACUUUCAUGAGCCUGAUCGAGCUGUGUGAGAAGCAGCCCAGCUUGAAGGAGCUGCUGAGAUCUUUCAACGACCAGAACGUGUCAGACUACGUGGUGGUGUAUCUGCGACUGCUCACCUCGGGCUACCUGCAGCGGGAGCACGGCUUCUUCCAGCACUUCAUCGAGGGAGGCCGCUCGGUCAAGGAAUUUUGUCAGCAGGAGGUGGAGCCUAUGUCAAAAGAAAGCGACCACAUUCACAUCAUCGCUUUAGCCCAGGCCCUGAACUUAUCCAUCCUCGUGGAGUACAUGGACAGGGGCGAAGGAGGGACGGUCAACCAUCACGUCUUUCCUGAAGGCGGCGACCCGCGCAUCUUCCUCCUCUACAGACCGGGCCAUUACGACAUCCUAUACAAAUAGCAACGCCCCCCCCCCCCCCUCCUCCACACACAACGCGGAUGAAGCAGAAUGUUACUCGCCAUGUGAGAUGACACUCGUGCGUCCUAAGCAAAAAAAAAAAAAAGGUUCCAAGUACACAUCAUGGUACCCCCCACUUCGCCCCUCCACAAGUUAUCACCAAAUAUCUAAAAAAAAAACAUGUUUGAGAAAAUAGAAGUGACUCCAGGCAUUUAGAGUUGUACAGGUUUCUUUUUUGUGGUUGUAAAUGUUAUCGACUUGCUUUGUUGGAUUCUUUUCCUUUGUUACACUGCGUUUUAUUUUGAGUUUUAUUAAAGGGAUUUACAUCUUA